GCGCUCGAGGCGAUUACGGCCAAUGUGUUGAAAUCGAUGCCAGGAGGAGCGGUUGCGAAGCGCGAUGACGGAGCGAGCUCAGCCAAGGCUGCUAAGGCAGAGGCACAGCCGAAGUCCAAGGCCCAGGCAUCACAAGGUGAUCUCCCAGCAGCAGGCGAACCAAGGUCCACUGAGGAUUCCCCCAUCGCAGCUGCUGCCAAGAUACAAGCGCAACUUGAGAGCCUGGAGUCUCGUGUCCUCGAGGGAGGACGGGAGCAGGCCCUUCAGUUGAUACGAGAGCUGGAAAGUUCCAAGCUACAAGAGCUGACCGGGAGGCUUAAAAGAGUGCAAGCACAAUUGCGUGCAGCCACCGGAGUGUGUUUUGAGGACGCUCUGGACGCCUUUGUCACCAGCGGAAGCUACGGCUCGGCAGUUGCGUUUUCGCAGUUCGUGCCAUUCCUGCGUCCGUUACCGCACAGCGUGUCAAGCCGGUUGGUUGUGGAUUUGAAGGAUGUGAAUGGUUGGGGGGCGAUCAAGGGUUUGCCGUUCAACCGAAGGUGCAGGAAGAGGUUGCACCAGUCUCAUGCAUGGGUGCUGCACCUGGGUGCAAACAAGGUGGAUCCGUCUUUGAAGCAGCUGUGCCAAAGUCAGGGUUUGGAGUUGGUUGUUCUUGACGGGACCAGCAAUGGUCUACUCGAGCCCCGCGCAUGGAAGGCAUUAUCAUGGGCUGCAUUUUCAGGUCGCGUUUUGGCUAUCGUCGGUGACGCUCCAAUGAGAACGUGGGGCACUGUGCAGACGGAUGCUUCGUCGUCUGUGAGGCUUCGCAGCAAGAUGCACCCUUGGGGCGAGCCAGGAGUGCCUCUGGACCCCACGUGGCCCAACAUCUUCAAAGGCGAACUGAGCUUGGCCUUGUUCGGAUUGGCAGGAGGAGUGGAUGAAGGACGGCGUGUUGAUAGCGGCGAAGGUGUAGGCCGAGAUGACCGUGGUGGGAAAUACAAGUAUGUACUUGUAGCUGGCCUCCGGGUUCCAGAUGCUGCGUUGCCUUCGCCAAGGCACAACAAAGGCGCAACAGCGAGCGAACAGCAGGCCUCAGAGGCUCAGGCUGAGGUUUUUAAAGGCCCAGAGCAAGAUGACGACGCAGCAUCGGAAGCUAGUUGGUUGCGAGAUCAGCUAGAGCCGACGCCAGCUGUGAAGAAGGUCGAUGAAGGCGACUCGUCAUCUCAGGAGGAGGAAGACGGCUCACAGGUAGGCUGGUAUGAAGCCCCGUUUGUGGAUGAGGCAGAACUUUCCGGCGCAGAGGCUGUUGUUGAAGCAGAUGAUGAGCUUGAGGUAGAAGGCGGUGCCGGCUUGGACGUUGAUCCUUGGGAAGAUGGUGGGGGUUUUGGUGAAAUGACAGAUGAGAAGUUUGAUGAAGCCCUCUCAGAGAUGCUGUUCUCAGGUGCCAACAAGGUAUUGAGGUUUGCAGUGCCUUUGAAGGCAAGAAAGGGUCCGCUGAUCCUUGCAGGCCUGCAGGAAAUUGUCACCGAGUGCAAUCGCCUAGGCUACCCGGUGAAGGUUGUUCAUACCGACCGGGCCAAGGAACUCAUGUCCAAGGCUACCAUGGAUUGGCUUCAGUCCAACCUCAUUCAGCCGUCAUUCACCCAGGGUGAUGAUCCGAAGUCGAAUGGUUUAGCAGAAAGACUAGUGGGUUGGGUUAAGGCCAGGGCAAGGUUGCAUUUAGCGUCCUCGGGCUUGGGCCUAGAGCAAUGGCCCUCAGCAAUGGCGUUUGCUUGUGCUGAGCACAGAGGCCGGUUGUUGCAAACUGGAGAAAGGCUGCCGAGGUUUGGCCAGAAGGUGAUUUUCAAGAGCAAGCAUCCUACUGGUAAGUCCAAGAGACCUUUCUUGCGUUGGGAGAAUGCUGUGUAUCUGUGUCCAACUCCUCGCACGGAGGGUGGACAUGUGCUUCUCCGUGCAGCUUCAAGCGCCUAUCUUGUUGCCAAGAACGUUCGGUGUGUGGAUGAAAUGGUGGAUCCCGAAGCUGAGUUCGGAGCUGAACAGGUGGUGGAAGUGGAUCCCCCGGAGCCUGGCUUCGAUCACUUUCAAGGGGACUCACCGGUGGCACCAAGCCGACGUGUUACUGGUAAGAGAGCGGCACGUUCUGUCAAACUUGCGGCAGAGGAUUAUGCCGAAACCCUGUUGAAGGGAAUGCUGUUUUCUUCUGAUCACUGUGGCCGUCUGCUUCAGCUAGCGUUUGAAGGAGUUGGAGGAGGAACGCGUCGUGAGCAUCGUGGUCCGAUAGGGUUUUCGGUUAUCUUCGGUGCUUACAGUCAUGGUGGCUUACAAGGGAUAACCAGGGCUAGUCGCAUGUACCCCAUGGUGUGCCGAUACCUGAAUGAGUACUUGCGCCAGUGUUCUCCCAACCAGCUCGCAGCAAAUGAGUGGUCAUCACUCAUGGUUGUUGUUGCCGAUGAGGUUGCCAUGCAUCGUGAUGUGAGAAAUGAACCUGGUUCCUUGAAUCAUGUGACGCAGCUGACCACGCGCCUGAUGUGGGUUGAAGGAACGUCGCCCAUGCUUACGGAAUUGGUACAGCAAGACAGUAAAGGCAGAACGGCAAUGAUGGUGAGGUAUGCAAGGAUGACCGGUGAGGAAUGGGCGGAGCUCUGCCAGUUGGAAGAAGAAGAGUUUGAGCGAAGGAUGGGGCGGUGGCAACGUGUCCUUGGGGGUCAGGAUGAGGAUCCUAACAUGAAUGCGUUGUCGGCAUCAAUUCCGCACCAUCUCUUCAUGCAAACGGUGUUUCGACAAAGAAACUGGAACAGAAAUCCAGAGGUCGUUGUGCCAGGAGCUGACGGUGAGCCACGUCUACUUGCACGUGUCAUGGACUUUGCAGAUGACGGGCCCACGGAAGAGUCUCCGUUCCCCGAUCGCAUGCUCAUGUUUUCGGUGCAUGAUGUGAUCCGAGAUGUUCUCGAAAUGGUGAUCCUGCGUGUGGAAGCCAGACGUCCACCUCAGGAGGAGCAGCCCCAGGAGGCAUUUUGCCACAAGUGGUCAGCCUUCACAACUGACAUCAAAUCCGCUUUUACCCAGACGCCUAUACCGGCGCAUGCAGCGCGACGCUACUUGCUGCGUCCCCCACGCUGGCUGGUGGACUUAGGCUUGGCAGAGCCAGGCGAACACUACUCGCUUGGAAUGGUGCUCUACGGUUUCAAAGAAGCACCUGCUUGGUGGUCUGACCACCGAGACGCAAAGCUUCGAGGAGCGAAGUUUGCAGGGCAUCAUCUGGAGCAGGCCAAGUCAGAUUCUUCAGUGUGGAGGAUCAUGCAAGGAACUGCUCUGAAAGGCUACCUGGUGACCUACGUGGACGACUUUCUGAUCGUGAGUGAAAGGCAAGUUGCGGUGGGGUUGCAUCAGUGGCUACUUGAUGGGGCAGGCCAUGAAGAUGGGCAUUACAGUCUCGAUCAAGAAGCCUACGUGGACGAGUUGGUGAGAACCUACCAACUCGGUGAGACCCAUCGAGCGAAAGUUGUGUGUCCAAAGGAGAUCUUGAUGCAGGAAGCAGCCCAAGUUCAGCCGUUCGAUGAAGGUGAUGUGAAAGCAGCUCAAAAG